UCACAACUAAUCCUCUUCGAGCUGCUCUUGCACUGUAUCGCAAGUCGGAGGCGGUUUCAAUCUUUCACCACGCACCAAGCUGACCGGAGAAAAAUGGACGGCGAGCAGUUUCAAUCGGCUGAAGAUGGCGAGCCUUGUGCCCCCAAAGACAUGAAUAUUCCUGGAAAAGUUUGCAACAGCAUUUCUGAUCAGCCCACAGAGAUCGUGGGAGGGGCGGCAUCUAAUAGUUGCCUGGACACUCUGGAGCGACAACUCCAUCAUCUUGUGCUAAGACAGACGGAGACGGACGCCAGGCUGGAACACCUGGAGCGCCUACUAGCCGCAUCUGAAAGUAAGCUGCGCAGCUGUGAGGAUUUGAUGGAGCUGAUUGGUCUACUGAGAGACCGGAUUAAACUGAUCCAGGAGGCCGGUAAUGGAGGGAUGUUGCCCGGCGGUGUAUCCUCCUCGUCCGGUGAUCUGGCUGCUGAUGAAAGCGGGCCGGGGUUAUCUUUAUGGUCACCCACCUCGCCUAUGAGAUCCACAAAAUCACCGAUCGGAUCACCCAAGUCACCGAGAUCGCACUAGACCUAAAUGCAGACGACAGAGGAUAACGUUGACAGCAAGUGGACGCAGACUGCUGGAUUAAUAAGUGGGACGGAGCAGGCUCAAUAAAAGCGCCAUCCAGCAAGGCCAUGAAGUUUAAUUCUCACAGGCUCUAUGAGAGCACUGAGUGAAAUUCUCUUUCAGUUAAAAUCCUUUCUAAAGUACUUUUUAUCUAAUAUAAUUUCAUAAUACUACGAAUAUUACUAAAUAAUUUGUUGAGUAAAUGCUGUUGAACCAUCAAUGUGGUAACUUUGCCGUGUUUAACCAGGAGGUAGUUAUAAAUGUUUAAUGACGUAAUACCUCUGCUAGAUUCAGUACACUUGUGUGGUCCAUGUUGAGUUCUGCGGGGACA